AUGGAUAAUUUCAAGGCUUUCGGCAGCAGCCUGAGCUCCAUCGGGUCCCAGAUCACACCCUUUGCCUCGCGAACCUUCCAGUACACCAAGGAGCAGUUGGGCCAGGCUGAGGACAAGACGCAGCUGCCGCCUGACUACAUCGACCUCGAGAAGCGUGUCGAUGCACUCAAGCAGGUGCACCAGAAGAUGCUCGCCGUCACUUCGCAGUAUUCCAACGAAGCCUAUGACUACCCGCCCAACAUCAAGGAGACCUUUUCCGACCUCGGCCGUACCGUCAGCGACAAGGUCCACCUGCUCUCAACUGCCACCUCUCCGGCCGAAGCCCAGGCUGCUCUGACGGCUCCUCCCUCCGCCAAGCCCCAGCCCAAGACUUUCAACCAUGCUCUCGCCCGCGCCAGCUUAGCCAGCUCCCAGUUGAUGCACCAGCAACAUACGGGAGCUGGUGAGGACCCCCUUGCUUCCGCUCUCGAAAAAUAUGCGCUGGCUGAGGAACGCGUCGGCGAGGCCCGUCUUGCGCAGGACGCCCAGAUCCAGAGUCGCUUCCUGGCCGGCUGGAACACCACGCUCAACACCAACCUGCAAUUCGCGACGCGCGCGCGCAAGAACGUCGAGAAGUCGCGUCUGACGCUCGACUCGGUCAAGUCCCGUGCCAAGGGCAAUACCUGGAAACUGCCCACGUCGCCGCGCGAUGAGCAUGGUCCCGAGGAGCUGAGCCCCGAAGCCCAGGAGGAGAUUGAGAAGGCCGAGGACGAGUUCGUCACGCAGACCGAGGAGGCCGUGGGCGUCAUGAAGAAUGUUCUCGACACCCCCGAGCCACUUCGAAAUCUGGCCGAGCUCAUCGCCGCGCAGGUCGAGUACCACAAGAAGGCCUACGAGAUCCUCAGCGAGCUCCAGCCCGUCAUCGAGGGUCUGCAGGUCGAGCAGGAGGCCAGCUACCGCAAGAGCCGCGAGAACGCUUAG